UUCAAUACCUAACUCGAUGGAGUGGAAAGAGAAAUUAGAUAUUAGCUAGUGAAACAAAUAGCUCAAGGAUGCACUGGAGUGAGACGGUAACGUUGAACAAUGUAUUCAGCAGCUAACGCACAUCAAACUGUAAUUUCUGAUAGAACUUAACAUUUGGCUGCUAAUAGAGAAAAGUUAGUACGUUCGACAAUCAAGAAAGGAGCAGCUUGUCCUCAACCUUACAUCACCAGCUACGUGUUUUGGGCCACUCUCAGUCCCCGGGCUCCAUGGCGGCAGCAGUGCAAGGCAGCGAGUGGUCGUGCGGCCGCUGCACCUUCCUGAACGCAGGGGCGGCGCCGCGCUGCUCCAUCUGCGAGGCACCGCGCCAGAAGCCCGACCUCAAUCAGAUCCUGAGGCUGAGCAGCACCGAGGAGCAGCAACGCUGGGCCUGCCCCCGCUGCACCCUCAACAACCCCCAGGGCUCUGGCGCCUGCACCGUCUGUGGCUUCGGACCCUCGCCGGGCACCCCCACGCCGACCACUACCAUGGCUGCCACCACCAACGGCUUCCUGCCCCCGCCGCCGCAGCCUCCGAUGCCGGUCAUGACUCCCACGGUUCUCCCGGAGCCCCGCGGGCAGCAGCCGGCCAAGGAGGAGGCGCUGAGGAGAUCGGAAAGCAACGGGGAGGUGGGGGGCCUGAGCGGCCUGGGUGGAUCCGAGGGGCAGAAGCACCACCACUCAGGCUGGGCGUGCCCACGAUGCACGCUUCAUAAUACUCCUGUUGCAUUGUCGUGUUCGGCCUGUGGGGGACCAAGGAAACUGUCGCUGCCCAAGAUCCCCCCCGAGGCGCUGGUGGUGCCCGAGGUGCGCACGCCCGUGCUAGGGUUUCCCGUCCACGUAGCAGGGGCCUCCGCCCCUCCGCUCCUCAUUGACUUGACAGACGACUCACCCCCCGCAGCCCCCCCCUGCGAACCCCAGGAGCCCCCCGACGCCAACUUGCCCCCUCCGCCACUCUCCUCCCCUUUCACGCCCUUCUCCUCUCUCCAGAACAACCCAGUGCCCCGCAGCAGGAGAGAGGUGCCCCCACCAGGGCGGCCGCCCAACCCUAACCCCAACGCCCCCAGCCCCACUUCUCCCUCCACGGCCUGCGUGCCCCCCCAGCCCUGCCCUCCCCUCCGCCCUGCCAAGCCUAAGCACGCCCAGCCUCAGGAGCCCUCCUUCCCCAGCAAGCGCCUCAGCAUCCUGGAGGAGGAGGACAGCCCCCAACCCCAUCACACCUCCCACGACCCAGUCACAUCACCCCCCACUUGGAAGUGCCCCGGGUGCUCCUUGCCCAACCUGAGCGGCUCGUCCAAGUGCGAGGCAUGCCGCUCAUCGCGGGCCGGCGCCGACCUCAUCGACCUGGUGGGCUGCGAGUCGGUGCGCUUUACGCCGGCCAGCCCCUCCAGUCCGGACUUCAGCACCUGGGCCUGCUCCAAGUGUACCCUCCGCAACCCCACCGGGGCGGCCAAGUGCUCGGCCUGCGGUUCCUCCAAGCUCCAUGGCUUCCAGGAGCCUAGUUCUCGCUGCUGCCCGCACUGCGGCCUCCCCGGCCCCUGCUCCUGCUCCUCAGCCUCCUCCUCAUCGUCUUCUGGACACAAGGCCCGAAAACAAGCCCGGGUCUACCCCUCACCCUCGCCCUCGGCCACCAACACCUCCUCCUCUUCCUCAUCCUCCUCAUCCUCCUCUUCCUCGUGCACGUUACUGCAGGAGAAGCAGUGGGGCUGUCCGGCAUGCACGCUGCUCAACGAUGUCAAGUCAAAGAACUGCGCGGCAUGCCACACGGCCCAGCAGUACCUAACACUGCGCAAGGUGGCCAAGCCACUGAAGAGGAGGGAGAGCAUGCACGUGGAGGCACGCCGGCGCAACGACGAGGGCGAAGCCAAGGAACUCUGGGAGAACAUCACCACCUUCUGUCGAGAGAACGUGGUGAACUUCGUGGACGACAGCUUCCCUCCCGGCCCGCGAUCCGUUGGCUUCCCCGAGGGCGACAGCGUCCAGCAGCGAAUCAAAAAGUGGCUCCGCCCUCACGAGAUCAAUUGCAACAACUUCAAGGACCGGGGCGUCAAAUGGUCUGUCUUCCGCACCCCUCGGCCCUCGGACAUCCUGCAAGGCCUGCUGGGAAAUUGUUGGUUCCUGAGUGCGUUGGCGGUGCUGGCGGAGCGUCCAGAGCUGGUGGAGAGGGUGAUGAUCACCAGGGGGAUCUGCCAGGAGGGGGCCUACCAGGUCAGGCUUUGUAAGGAUGGUACCUGGAUCACCGUGCUGGUGGAUGACAUGCUUCCCUGCGAUGAGUACGGAUACCUGCUCUUUUCCCAGGCUCAGCGUAAGCAACUCUGGGUGGCCCUGAUAGAGAAGGCCCUGGCCAAGCUCCAUGGCUCCUACUUUGCCCUGCAGGCAGGGCGCGCCAUCGAGGGCCUGGCCACGCUGACGGGGGCACCGUGUGACUCCCUGAUGCUGCAGGUCAGCUCCACCAACCCCCGCGAGGAGCCCAUCGACACGGACCUCAUCUGGGCCAAGAUGCUCAGCUCUAAGGAGGCCGGGUUUCUAAUGGGGGCGUCAUGCGGAGGAGGGAACAUGAAGGUGGAUGAUGUGAUGUAUGAGUCGUUGGGCCUCCGCCCUCGCCACGCCUACUCUAUCCUGGACGUACGGGACGUACAGGGCUACAGACUACUGCGGUUGAGGAACCCAUGGGGACGCUUCUCGUGGAAUGGCAGCUGGUCAGACGAGUGGCCUGAUUGGCCACAGCACCUCCGCCAUGAGCUCAUGGCCCAUGGCAGCAGCGAGGGUGUCUUCUGGAUAGAGUACGGAGACUUCAUCAAGUACUUUGACUCGGUGGACAUCUGUAAGAUCCACUCAGACUGGCAGGAGGUGCGGUUACAGGGCUAUUUCCCCAGUAGAGCCUGUGGUCCUGUUACGGUUACUGCUCUGACCAUGCUGGAGAGGACCGCGCUGGAGUUUGCUCUCUUCCAGGAGGGCAGCAGACGGUCGGAGACGGCAGACAGCCCCCUGUUGGACCUGUGUAUCAUGGUGUUCAGAGCAUCGUUUGGCAAUGGCAACAAGCUGACCCUGGGCAGGCUGCUGGCCCACAGCAAGCGGGCCGUCAAGAAGUUUGUGGGCUGCGACGUGAUGUUGGAGCCGGGCGAGUACGCCGUGGUGUGUUGCGCCUUUAACCACUGGCAGAUGAACGUCAGCGGAGUGGGGUCGCCCACACCAGUGUCGAGCCCAACCAGUGCACGGCGUCCCAACCAGGACUUCCCAGGGUACAUCCUGGCCAUCUACAGCUCCCGUCAGGUGAUGGUGGAGCAGGUGGAGGCUACCUCUACCACGCUGGCCGACGCCAUCAUCCUACUAACCGAGAACAAGGGGGAGCGACACGAGGGUCGCGAGGGUAUGACAUGCUACUACCUGACCCACGGCUGGGCGGGGCUGAUCGUGGUGGUGGAGAACCGCCACCCCAAGUACUACCUCCACGUGUCAUGUGACUGUACAGACAGCUUCAACGUGGUGUCCACCCGCGGCAGCCUUAAGACCAUCGACAGUGUACCGCCACUGCACAGGCAGGUGCUGGUGGUGCUAUCCCAGCUGGAGGGCAACGCAGGCUUUUCCAUCACCCACCGGCUGGCCCACCGUAAGGCCGCCCAGGCCUCCCUAGGGGACUGGACCCCCACCAAGGCCACGCACAGCCCCCAGCUCACCCCCGACAUCGACGGCCUACACCGGCCACGGCCCCUAUGACCACGGCCCCCCCCUCACACACACAAACACACACAAGCUGAUGAUACACACGUUGACACGCGUACGCGAACACAUACGUACGGAAAGCAGGGGCUGUGUGACGCUGGAAUAAACACAUAUGGAUAGAGGGAGGAGACAUCCGUGGGAAGGAUGACUGGCGGUUUCGUGCGCUUCAUCUUCUUCCUCCUCAAUCCCUGAAUGAUGAGGACUCAAUCCUGCCAAAACACCUCGAUCCAGUUGGGAAGGAGGAGAGGGGAGUGGGUGGAUGUGAUGGGAGAUGAGGGACCCCUCCCAGGUGAAGUCAGUGUUUCUGGGUGACUGGAGGGGUCCUGAGCCUGAGACCCUCCAACCUCCAACCAACCAGGAAGGAUUCUAGAUCUCACCUCGUCAACUACAACACUGUACUGUUUUUCUGUCAAUGGACCAGGGAUGUUACACAGACAGACACCCUGACCAGAACAGAACAGCGCCCGUUCUUUCUCUAACCCCCAACCGAUGUCAACGAACGCCCAGGAACACUGACUGUUGACCCCACAUCCCAAAGGUUAAAUGUCAUUCAGAGGUCAGGGUGGAGUGCUGUAACUACUGAGCCACCUGGUGGCUGUUCCCCAACUGAGCCAAUCCACCACACUGACCUGACCACCUGACCCCACUGUUCUUGGUCUAUGGACCCACCCCACCAUACUCAAGGUAGAAGUUGCCUUGAGCUGAUCUAGGAUCAGCUUCCCCUCCUCAAAGCCUAACCUUUUUCAUUGGCAGAACUGCAAAAAUGUACCUUAGAUCAGCAUCUGGGCCUAGGGGAAACUUCGUCCUACUCCCAAUAGGCGCAGCUGUGUGAGGUUUAGUUUGGGAUGGGGAUGGAGGGGAGAGUUAGGUGCUCUCUCCCCCAAGCCCCCUGUCCUGCCUCCCGUACCCUGCACCUUUGGAGCUGUCAACUAUCAACAGGAUGGGGAGGGGGGGUACAAUUCUUCCCCCGUACUCCACACCAUGGUACUAUGUGAGCCAAACCCGACGAGCGAUUUUACCACAGUCAUUUACAUUUUUAAAGAUGUUUUAUUGUCUUUCUUUGGUCUGCGUUUUGUACGUGUGCUGGAAUCGUUUAACAAGCCAUCUAGGUUACCAUCUCUCUAUCCGUCUCCUCUGUCUUUCUGUCGGUCAACCCCUGUUUCUCUGCUGUUGAAAUGCUGUGUUAUUAUUUCUCAAACGCAAGUCAAAGCCUAUCCACCUCAGAUAUAAGCUGGACUCUGACUCC